AUGUACAACUUCCUCAGUGGCUCCUUAAAGCAUGCCACUGGCCAUGGGGAGGUGUGGACAGAAACCUCCAAAUUCUCCCAGUUUGGCUGGAGGUGCACCACCAAUGAGAACGAUUACUCGCACAAAGUACUUAUGGGGAACUGGAAUGAAGAGCGCUACGACAUCCGGAACAUCACACAACCCAAACCACUUCCUUCCCAAUAUGCUCACUGCUUUGAAACGACGUAUUCUUCGGAUUACAACAUGGACAAGGAUCAGAGAACGGGAAGAUUUGAACAAGAACCUCAUUGGUUUCCGGGCCACCAGCCUGAGUUGGAACCUCCUUUGUUCAAAUCAACUGCCCAGUCCUGCUACACAAUUGACUACAGGCCUCCACACAGCCACUGCUCAUGUCCAGCACCUAGAGAAGGAACAAAAAGGAUGCAGACAAAGCAACAGAGAUGA